AUGGCUAAUCGUAUAAGGGCUAAAAAAAUUAGAAAAGCCACAGAUGCUCUUCAGAGUCUUAACGAAGAUUUUGAUAGCAUUCUAGAGUUUAUAUAUAACAACAAAAAGAAAGAAGAUAUAUUAAAAUUGCUGAACAAUAUGAGAUAUCUACGAGAAAAAAAUGAAGGCAAAAUUAUAUUUUUAUAUUUGCAACAGCAAUUAGUUAAAGUAAUUUCUAACUCCCUUUAUCGGCCACAAGAUAGCUAUUCUGCUUUAAAAGAAGAAUAUGAUCAUCUUUGGCUUCAAAACAAAAAGUUAACCCAGAAAAAUGAAGCUCUUAUUAAAAAAAUAAAAUCUUUCAGAUCUCAAAAUCGUCACUUUAAACAAAAAAUAUUGCGUUAA